GUAAAAAGAAAAUCCACAGUGAACUUAGCCAGUAGGCAGCAGGAGCCAAGGUAAGCCAAGCAAGUAAAAAUGGCGGCACUGUCAUCCCUCCACCACAUCUCAACCACCCUAUCCCUCCUCGGCCUUGCCAAGCCGUCCCUUUUGGCCCCUCCUUUCCGCCGCCCUUUCCGCGGCCUCCCUCCAAUCACCUCCUCUUCUUUAGAAUUCAACAUCACAUUUGCCCCUCCAAGCCCCAAGCCUAAACCCCCACCCAACCUCAAAUCCGACGGCGUUCUCGACUCCGACUCCCCUCAAAAUGGCCAGUUUUUCAUCCCAUGGAUCGUCCGCGGCGAGGACGGUAACCUCAAGCUCCAAGCUCACCCCCCUGAUCAUUUCAUGAAAGCCCUUGCUGAAGCUAAAACACAAAAGCCCAAAAAGAAGGUCGACAAGGCGGCGAAGAAGAAAAAGGAGAUUUCAGCCGUGGGAAAUGCCGGUAUCGAGCCGCCGGCGCCGCCUCCCAAGCUUUCCAAGGCAGCUAGAAGAUUUUAUAAUGAACAUUUUAGAGAACCUCCUCAAAGGUUAAGUAAAGUCCUUGCUGCUGCUGGAGUGGCAUCAAGGCGUGGAAGUGAAGAGCUUAUUUUUAAUGGCAAGGUGACUGUUAAUGGCACGGUGUGCAAUGCUCCUCAGACUCGAGUUGAUCCUGGAAAGGAUAUUAUUUAUGUCAAUGGAAACCGCCUUCCUAAAAAACUGCCACCAAAGGUGUAUCUUGCCCUAAACAAGCCUAAAGGGUAUAUUUGCUCAUCUGGGGAAAAAGAGUUCAGAUCUGUCCUGGAUCUGUUUGAGGAUUAUUUAAAGGCAUGGGACAAAAUAAAUCCAGGAUCUCCCAAGCCACGAUUAUUCACUGUUGGCCGACUUGAUGUUGCUACCACUGGCUUAAUUAUUGUGACCAAUGAUGGAGAUUUUGCUCAAAAGCUUUCGCAUCCUUCAUCAAACUUAACUAAAGAAUACAUUGCAACAAUUGAUGGUGAAGUAAGGAAGCGGCACUUAAUUGCCAUCAGCGAAGGGACAGAAAUUGAAGGUGUUCUUUGUGUCCCUGAUUCUGUGGAAUUACUCCCAACGCAGCCAGAUUUGUCUAGACCUCGCAUUCGUAUUGUGGUUCAUGAAGGAAGGAAUCAUGAAGUCCGUGAACUUGUGAAAAAUGCUGGGCUUGAGAUUCAUUCAUUGAAGCGUGUUCGCAUAGGUGGUUUCAGACUUCCAGCAGAUCUCGGGAUAGGGAAGCAUAUCGAGCUAAAACAGAGCGACCUUCGCACAAUGGGUUGGAAGAGUUAAAGAAGUCGCUGCUUCAUCGGGAGACUGUUCGAAGAGUCAUAGAAGUCACUGCAUCAUUGGAAGCAUCUGCAUUUUGCUUGGGUCUCCCAUGUUGGGAGAGGCUUCAAUCAGAUAUUACACAUCCCUCGUGUCGUGGAUUUGUCUAGAGCAUCGGAAAUGAUCCCUUAAUGGCAACAGUACAAGGGACUUCAUGUCAUUUCUCAUCGAAAUGGAUCAAUGUUGCCAGAAAAUCCCCGCCCCCAUAAUUCUCGAAUUACAAUUGUGUGAAAAUCACUUAUUCAUAGAUGGAAGCUCCCACUAGAUUCUUUUCCA